AUGUUCCCAGGCAUCGAUUACUUGUUCAGUUAUCCUGCCAGUAUUACUGGAGCUUCUGUCGAUGAGCUAAAACUCAUAGCUUCGUUCCUCCUUUCGUAUCCGCUGGCAGGGCUAUUGAAGAGAAUUCCAGAUACUCAGCCUUGGAAGAAAAAUGCGUUUAAUAUUGCAGUAUCGCUAUUCUACCUCAUCGGGCUAUUUGACUUGUGGGAUGGCCUGCGGACACUCAUCUACAGUUCUGCCGGCAUCUAUGCUAUUUCCUACUAUAUCGACGGUUCAAUGAUGCCUUGGAUUGGUUUCAUAUUUCUGAUGGGCCACAUGUCAAUCAACCACAUUUCUCGCCAGAUUUUGGACGACCCGCAGGUUAUCGACAUUACUGGGGCCCAAAUGGUGCUUGUGAUGAAACUCUCAGCUUUCUGCUGGAACGUGCAUGACGGCCGAUUGCCUCAAGAUCAACUGUCGGAUCCCCAGAAGUAUGCUGCGAUUACCGCAUUUCCCUCGAUAUUAGACUACGCGGGCUACGUGCUAUUUUUCCCCAGCCUUUUCGGUGGCCCCGCAUUUGACUACGUUGCCUACCGUCGAUGGAUCGACACCACGCUCUUCGAAAUACCUCCAGGCACAGAUCCGUCCAAGGCACCUCCGACUAGAAAGAAACGGAAGAUUCCCCGAAGCGGAACUCCUGCUAUGAAGAAAGCAAUCAUAGGCCUGGUAUGGAUUUUCGUUUUCCUGCAACUAGGCUCAAUUUACAACCAAGAUGCGGUUCUGGAUCCCAGUUUCAUGGACUUCUCAUUCAUCCGACGGGUUUGGUCCCUAUACGCUCUUGGAUUUACAGCCCGUACCAAGUAUUACGGCGUGUGGAGCCUAGCUGAAGGCGCUUGUAUUCUGUCAGGGAUGGGUUAUAAUGGCUUUGAUGGCAAAACCGGCAAGGUAUUUUGGAACCGGCUUGAGAACAUCGAUGCCUGGAAGCUCGAGACCGCUCAAAAUUCGCACGGAUACUUAGGGAGCUGGAAUAAGAACACCAACCACUGGCUGCGCAAUUAUGUUUACUUGCGCGUUACUCCUAAAGGAAAGAAGCCAGGAUUCCGCGCGAGUCUGGCGACAUUCACGACCAGUGCGUUCUGGCAUGGAUUUUACCCUGGGUAUUAUUUAUCAUUUGUUUUAGGCUCUUUUGUCCAAACUGUGGCGAAGAACUUCCGACGCUAUGUUCGACCUUUUUUCCUUUCUGCAGAUGAGACUAUGCCCGGGCCGUACAAGCGUUACUAUGACCUUGCCAGCUGGUUUGUGACCCAGACCGUUAUGUCCUUUGUUGUCAUGCCAUUCAUCUUCUUGUCUUUCCCGGCUUCGAACCGCGUUUGGCAAAGCGUCUACUAUUAUGGAAUCGUUGCUAUAGUUGUGUCUCUCGCUUUCUUUGCUUCACCAGCAAAGGGUAUCCUGGUCAAGAAGUUGAAAUCUCGCGAUCGUCCCAAGAUGGUACGAUCAGCAAGCACAGAGAGCAUUCAAGAGCCAACACUGGGUUUGCCAAGUGAUGCUUUCAAGGAAUUUGAUGAUGCAGUACAGGAGGUCAAGUCUGAAAUCGAAUUCAGACGCAGACGAGGCAGCGUGGUCACAAUGCCAACAGGCGAGGAACUCAAGGCAGCGGUUGAAGACAAAAUCGGCCACCCGCUCAGAUGA